ACUAAAUGCGUGCAGCCAUGUUCGGAUGUGAUAGACAACUUUACUUACAGAUAAAAAACACAUUUUAACAAAUAAAUACACUUACGCAUAUAUAUUUACCACAAAUAUAAACCCAUAUACAAACUAUCUGUGAAGGAAAAGGCCUACUACGUUCAGCAAUUGUAGCCUAUAUUUCCGAGUUGCAAAGCAGUUGUUGUUGUCUUCUCCAAAACACUUGAGACCAGUUGUAGUACCUACCAAUAGCAGAAAAUGGAUAACAGACACCUUUUGCCACCAUCAGAUGCAUCCUACCAGUCCAACAUGCCUGUAGGAUUGAAACCCUUUUGGCAUCAGCAAAAAUUUCCCACGGGAAGUGGCUUGCUAAAGUUUCCUACAGCCAGUGGCAUUCAAGAGUUUCCAACUAGGAUUAACAUGCAACAGUAUCCCACGGGGCGUGGCAUGCAGCAGCAGCAGUUUCCCACUGGGAGUGGCAUGCAACAAUAUCACAUAGCCAGUGGCAUGCAACAGUUUUCCACGGAAGGUGGCAUGCAACCGUUGUCCACAGCAUUUGGAAUGCAACAGGUCCAAUCUGGCCACAUGGAUUCAUUUCCUAGACAAAAGGCAACAUCAGACCGGAAUUUGUAUGCCUCCUAUUCAAAGUCCUCACCAGCCACCAUGGGAGGUUUGCAGCUUCCAUCUUCUAAUGACAUAAUGGACGAUGAUGAUAUGUCCAUCAGUAGUUAUUCAGACAAUGACGAAAGCUGGAAGCCAGCUCUAGUUGUAGAUCACAAUCAUGAAAGCUGGAAGCCAGCUAUAGUAGUAGAUCACAAUCAUGGAAAGAGUAACAUAAGUAUCACAGCUCAGGAAGAAAACAAUUGCAUUGCCAAUAAUGUUGUUGAUGAGACUGUUGCAAUAAAAACAGGACAUGUAGAACCUCAAAAAGACCGCACAUCCGGAUAUUCAGAGAUUAAUGAGGAAAAUGAUGGAGAAUGUGACCCGGAACAUGUUCAGGCGCAGGUGUUCCUGGGCAACCUGGCAACCAGCACAACACAGGGUGAGGUCAGAAAACUUCUCAAGGGGUAUGAUGUUCAUGUGUGGAUUGGUGUCAGCAGUGGGAAGCCCUCCGAUGUGUGCGCAUUUGUGAAGUUUCCUUCCCUAAAGGAAGCGAAGCGCUAUGUACAAGAGGCAGAAGACUGCAUGUUACGAGGAAAAUGCCUUGAAAUCAGAUUUGCGGCUGCACAAGAUUUCGAAGACUUCUGUGUUAAGAAAGCGCCAGUGGAUGGAUGUCAUGACAGUGAAAGCAAGCCCUGGGUUGUCACAGAGACCAAGAAUAACCAGUCUUAUCAAGAGAGUGUAACCAGUCAGAUGGUGUCAGAGAGUGAACAUAUUAGGAAGGAGCAAGAGAAUGUUACCAGUCUUAACCUUCCAGAAAGUGUUACCAGUCUAAAUGUGCCAGACAGUGUUACCAGUCUAAACAUGCCACACAGUGUUACCAGUCAAAACGUGCCAGAUAGCAUUACCAGUCUAAAAGUGCCGGAAAGUGUAAUCAGUUUGAAGGCCAAAUCCACAUUUGAAGCCCAUAUCAACAAAGAGUUCCCACAAUCCCCACUCAUAGGACUUAGAUAUGUGGCUGAGUAUAUAAAACCAAAUGGAAGUUUGUACUUGUGCACACUUUGCAAGCAGUGGUUUACAGAUUCCAACAUUGCCAAUCAUCUAGUGGGACUAUUCCAUCGUAUGAACUACUUUAAAGAGAUGAAUGCCACCACUUACAAGGAGCUUUUAAAGGUAGUUAAGGAGCUAGGGCAGGAUGCAGUGGAGACAGUAUGUGCCCGCUACUUGUCGCACAAUGUUAACCGACAGGAGGCAAUGGUUGUUGUGCCUUAUAACAAGGAUGUGCUGCCUAGAGUGGCCCUCUUGAUUGAUUUGGAGAGUAUAAAGUUGGCCGGUCUCCGAGAACUGGAGGCCAGGAAGCAAAGUCUGGCAGUGAAAAGGGAACCAGAUAUGCCCCUGAGUACGGUGGAGGGAUCCAGAAUCGAGGAGUUCUAUAAGAGCAACACAAUAAAGAACCCACUGAACAAGCAUAUAGUUGGUUUGUGCUAUAUCACUGAGAUCCUACGGAGGAAGAAAGGUGAAUACAUCUAUGUGUGUGGCCUCUGUCACUGUGUCGUCUACAACGAUGCUGUGAUUGCACACCUGACUGGCUACAAGCAUAGGAUAAAGUACUUUGCGGUGUGCAAGCCUGAGGUGUACAAGAUGAUCAACAACAGCAAGGCGGUGUGCAAGCCUGAGGUGUACAAGAUGAUCAACAACAGCAAGGAACAGGGGCUCAAGAAGUUUAAGUCAGUGUGUCAGAGGGCUGCGCAGGCUAUAGAGCAGGAAGAGGGGCUGUGUCAGGUGCUCACCAUCACUGAGGGCCAGAAGAUACUGCUGGAAGCACGAUACGGGCCAAUGAUCAAUUACAAGGCCUCAAAGUGUGACCCUGACCUGGCCCCACCCUUGACACUGGAAGACACGACAGAGGUCCCAGACAUGUCCCUUGAUGUGAGCCCUUUUCCUGUGGUGGAAGUGGACAAAGACAUCUUUCAAAUGAAGCUCAGCAAGGAGUUUCUAGAGACCUCCGGUAUACUGGCUGCAGCUCAGAAGGUGGAGUUCUCAUCCCAGCUGGAGACUGUCCACCUCUACAAGUACUUGCAGGAGCACAAACUCAUGGACACACCUCUGUCAGGUCUGGAGCACAUUGUGGAGAUACAGGAAGGUGAAGGUGCCAGAAGACAUGUUUACUUCUGCUGCAUGUGCUCACAGGUCCUUGGCAACAGGGACGUGGCCAAGAGUCAUGUACAGGGACUUCUGCACAUGGAAACGUAUUGUGGAGUAAAUACGUUUCAAAACUCAUCAUAUGCCAUGGCCAGGGGCUCCGUUAGAAAGGAAAUCAUCAUGUUCCAGCUUAAGAAAUAUUAUGAGGAACAUGGCAACCAGGGAAUUAGUGUUGUUGUUGUAAAAAAGGGAAGUGAAUCACAUUUGGCAACAGUAACACAAAACUCAGUCCAGAGUUCAAACAAAUUGAAGAAAGUUGAUGUAUCUGAUGAUCCAAAAGUGUCUACCUCGAAGACAGAAAAGGAAGUGAAAGAAGGGAAGACCAGCGAGCCAGCUCAGACAGUGAUUGAGCCACGCUUGUUUGACAUCAUACGACGGAAUGACAGACACAUGCUGAAACCGAUUGUGGGUCUGAUCAAGGUGAUAGAGUACAUGAAUGACGUCCACAUGGAGGAAAAGCCGACAUUCGAGUGUAAGGUCUGCAACCAACGCCUCACCGUGACCAACGUUCACCUUCAUCUUACCAGCCAUCCACAUUACAUCAAAUACCUGAUGAAGUUCCACAAGGACCUCGAAUCUGUGAUCAAGGACCAACCCCAGAGGCUGGAGCAGUAUGCGCGCUGGGUUGAUGCCUCGGCGCCUCGUAUGGUCACCCUGGUCAGGAUUGUGGGGUACAACAAUAGAAACGAGCCCCAGUACACAUUUCCUGAGGUGGUUGAAGACAAAAAGUAUUUCUCCCCCUGGGCGGGUAUGUAUACCCUUGACUCUAUAAGGAAAGGACAUGGCAAUAUAAAUACACAGGAAAACACUAAGGCUGAAAUUUUACAAGGUGUAAAAAAAGCAAAAGAAAACUCAACAGAUAAAUGUUUACUUGGUGUAAUAGAAAGAAAGGAAACUACUAAAGCUAAAAGUGCACAUGUUGAACAAAAAGAAAACACUAAGACAAUUCGUUUACAUAGUAUAGACAAAGAUUUAAUAAAGGAUGACGCAUCAAAGAAGGAUGCUGUACAGACAGGCAGUGUUGUGGCCCAAAAAGAUGCCCACAAUUUGGAGCUGGAAAAGUGUCUUCAAGCAAAACAAGUGUCAUCUGAUAUACAAGCUAAAUCUGCGAAAAAGAUUGUUAUGCCAGAAAAGCAAGGAUCUGAUUCCGAAAAUGUGAAAUCCAAUAUAGAAUCUGUUGGGAAUACAGUUCUAAACCCAAGUACAGGCAUGAGCAAGCUGUCAUUUAAGAUCAGAAGCAAAUCAGAUAAGGAACCAAAGGCAAAGUUUAAUUGGAAAGAGGAGUAUGAGUUGAUCAAACAGCGUAUUGAAAAGCAGUCGAUUGUCAAAUGCCAGCGCGCCUCAAAGUUCCUUCGAGUGCACGGAUCACGAUCUACCCGCACUCCACUCAUUGGUCUGAAGGAGGUGACAGAGUUCCAGAGACCCGACAUUACUGCUGACCCAUGGUACUUGUGUUUCGUGUGUGAGGAGAGACUGGACUGGCACAGUAUCCUGCAGCAUGUCACCUCAAGAAGCCACAGGCUCGCAUACAUGAAGAAGAACUACCACUACCUUUACGAGCUAGCCACAGGAAGUGGUGGGGAUUCCAUAACUGAGGUUACGGACUAUGCCAGCUUGAUACAGACCACAGAGGACGCUGUAAGAGAGCUUGACGUCAUGCUUGAGAUGGCAAUUGACAGCGAGGACUUGAAGAAAGCCAUGCAAGAUGCAGGGAAGGAUUCAAACAAGGCUAGAAGAAGCAGUAGGAUUCGAGUGCGGCCAUCUCGAUGGAACUGCAGUGAUGAGAUUGUUCAAGUAGAAAAUCAUGGGAAAAGUGAAUGUAGAAACAGCAUAGAACAAGACCUUAAUGAGAGACUUGAAAGCAGGAACAGCCAUGAAAGAUUUGAAAGCCAUAAACAAAAUAGUCGUGAAAAGGACACGGGUCCAAAAAGCAAACUGUUCAAAAAGAGUCUAGAAAAGGCCUCUGAACAUGAGACUGAACGGUCUGUGAAAAGAACCAGAUCUGGAGAUCAGACAAUGCCAUCUGCUAAAGUAGAAAUGAAUAUUGAAUAUGAGGAAAGAGUUCAAACUCAUGUGAAUGUGGAAACAUUUAAGAAACAGAGGAAUUCUUCUGAGACUUUUAGAUCUGGAAGUGGACGCAGUGAUGUUGAUGUAUGGCUGGAGGACAGGGAAUAUAACAGCAAGAAUCCGAUAAGAACGCCGCAGAAAAGACCCCACACAUUGUCCAGUGGCCAGAAGGAGAACACUGAGAUAAAGAAGAUCCGGGCUGAAUUCAAAAAUGAACAAAUCAGUCAAUGUGUUUCCAGUGCUCCAGCAGCAAAUGUAACAUUGAAGUCCUUGAAAUCUGACUCGAGCGGUGGCAUGAAGGAAUUUAACAGAAACUUGGAUUUACAGACUGGUGUUCCCACUGGAAUGAUAGUAAUGACAGGCAAAAAUCAAGAUAAUUGGUUUCCUAUUGAGACACAAAAUUCUGCUCCCAGCUUUGAUUCAAGUCAUGAGAACAAAGUUGAAGUUGAAUCGACACAACCCUAUUUCGGCCAACAAUCAGAACUGGGCUUUGUAAAUCCAAAGUUUCAAUCGGGUGAAUAUGUGUUUGAUGACAUUAUGCCAAGAUGCAACACUUGGUCUGGCAAUCCAAUAAGUGCUGGUAGCACACGCAUGACAUAUAACCCUAGCCAAGUCACUGCAAAGACUGCCAAUGUUGUCAGUCCCAUGAAUAGUGCGAACAGUUCAUAUGAUGUAAACCAAUAUAAUUUGGAUUUUAAUGGAAAAGCAAAUGUUCACUCACAAGCAAGAAAGAUGAAGAAAAAGAAUGCAUUGUUAAUGCCAUGUGUUAAAGAAAUCCCAAGAGCAAAGGCUUUGUUAGUAAAAGAAGAAACAUCAUUGAAUAAUGUUCUGAACAGAAUGAAAGAUAACAAUAUCGACAUUCCAAUCAUAGGAGUGGACCUGCUGUGUGAGUUGAGUUGCCCUGACUACGACCUCCCGCCCAUCUACCAAUGUCUGCCGUGUAGCGAUAGAAUGGACGACAUGAAGCCCUCGCUUUAUAGCCCAAACGGUGCCUUCAUGCACUUGAUUAGUGAGGACCAUAAGAUCACUGUGUUGACAGAAAUUUGCAAUGAAGAAUUUAAAACACUUAGCAACAUCGGGAGCAGUAUUAAGUAUGGUCAUUGUGUUGAGAAACUAUGUAGAGAAGUCAUGGCUGGAAAGUAUGGACAGGGACAAGAUGGGCAGGGAAAGUAUGGGCAGGGAAGAGACUAUUAUAAGCAGAAGACCUGUCACAAUCUGACACUGUGGACCACUGUGUAUAAUUCAAAGAUGAUAAGCAUAGCUCUGAAAAAGAAGGAAAUGGAUCAAAGUUCACUUUCUGAUGAGAUGCCAGUUGUUGUCAAGUCAUGUCAGUCUCCCUCUGACUUCUAUGUGGUGUACGAAAAGGACAUUGAGGCAAUGAGGAGCUUCUAUGAAUCCCUUCAAGCGUUCUACGGACAGAAGUAUGAUACAGAUGAUCACAUUCCAGCUAUUAACAUCAUCUGGCAGCUGCGAGCACAGUGUGUUGUGUACCGUAGUCAUGGAAACAAUAUCUUCAGGGACAUUGAGGACCAUGCAUACCACAGGGCUGUCAUUGUUGAAAAGGCUUCUGUCAAACCAGACCUAUACAGGGUAAAGCUAGUGGACCUGGGUUUGGAGUUCUGGCAUGACGCUAGGGAUAUCUACCCCCCAGUAGCAUGCUUCAUGUUGUCUAGGCAGAGCCCGUUUGCUGUCCACUGCAAGUUACAUCAGUUGCAGCCCAUUGGACAAAGUUGGUCAGAUGAAGCCGUUACCAUGGUUAUGAGACCCCAAAAUAUAUUUCCUGGAUCAACUCUAAUGAAACUGCUGUUGAUUCAGAAAUCAAGUGUUGAAAUUUCAAUGGCCGUGUCUCCAAUAGACUUGAUACUCGAUGUGAUCACAACGGGCCAUCCAGGGCCUGCCAGCCGACAGCGCCAUUCCCUCUCUCAGAUACUACUGGAGAAAGGCCUGGCCAGGGUGGAGGCAAGGUACAACAUGGAGAAAGGCCUGGCCAAGGUGGAGGCAAGAGUGACGGAGACUUCAAGUAGGACUUUCAGAAGUCAGAAGGACAGCACAACCAUUCCUAGCAACCAGCCAUCUACAGGGAUUAUCACGGGUUUCCAUGGUGUCAGAAAUAAGAUUGAUCAGUUAACUGAAUGUUUCCCUGGCAACAUUUGUGGCAUUCAACAGGCAGAGAUGGAUAUGUAUGCAGAAAUGAACCAGUUGUAUGGAACAGAUGAUGGCAAACUUAAAGGCAAAACAAUUGGAAGAAAUCGUGAUAAGGGUUUCCCAACAGAAGGGAGUGAAACCUUCAAGGCACAACAGUUUGGUAAAAGAGAUCACACCAGUUAUUGUCUCGGACCUAAGACGGAUGCCACAAGACUUGGACCUAAGACGCAUGCAAGAAAAGGAGAUGGAGCUAAGAGGCGUGCUAGAAUUAAAACUUGUGUAAAUGCUCUGGAUGACCAUGGUAAAGUGAGAGUGGAUGACAAGUCUAAAGUGAGAGUGGCUGACAAGUGUAAAGUGAGAGUGGAUGACAAGUGUAAAGUGAGAGUGGAUAACAAGUGUAAAGUGAGAGUGGAUGACAAGUGUAAAGUGAGAGUGGAAGACAAGUGUAAAGUGAGAGUAGAUGACAAGAGUAAAGUGAGAGUGGAUGACAAGUGUAAAGUGAGAGUGGAUGACAAGUGUAUAGUGAGAGUGGAACUUAAUGAAGAACUGAAAUCAACAGACACUGAAAUUGAAUUGGCAAUUGGUGGAAGUGAUUACAAAGAAAUCCCUGUGCACGCAACUAAGAGUAUGGUUAAUGCAGAAAAGCAUGAGAAAACUAGUAAGCAGCCUAUUGAAGUCACAAAGGUACAAGCAAAACAUGAACAGCCCAACAGAAAGCUUGUGGAUAGCAAAGUGAGAAGAAGUGAGAAUUUGCAUCAUGAAGUGGAUAAUAUAAGGAGUAACUGUAUGUCACUUGAAGUUGUUAUAAAUGAAUUGCCUGAUUCAACAGCUAGCUCUGUGUUUGACAAACUUACCAGCACAGAUGAUGAUGACAUGGUUCUUCUGUCAGAAAGUGAACUGGAGGCGCUAGAAUCAGAAAUGGCUGCCAACUUUGAUAGUGACUGGGAUUGAUACAGGACACAUGCUAUUUAGCUAGUUAUAAAACUAACAUAUGGACUUGGCUAUGGAAAAACGGGGUUUAAUGCAUGAGUGUAAAGUGUUGUCCCAGAUCAGCCUGUGCCAUCCACACAAACAGUUUUUGCUUUUAUUGUUUAUGUUUAAGGAAGUCUUUGUUUGCAGAAAUCCGUUUCAGGUGGAAAGUGUCGUCCCUGAUUUGCCUGUGCAGACUGCACAUACACAGGCAUUCAACCCAGAUUUCCUAGUGCAGACUGCACAUGCACAGGCAUUCAACCCAGAUUUCCUAGUGCAGACAGCACAUGCACAGGCAUUCAACCCAGAUUUCCUAGUGCAGACUGCACAGGCAUUCAACCCAGAUUUCCUAGUGCAGACUGCACAUGCACAGGCAUUCAACCUAGAUUUCCUAGUGCAGACUGCACAUGCACAGGCAUUCAACCAAGAUUUCCUAGUGCAGGCUGCACAUGCACAGGCAUUCAACCCAGAUUUCCUAGUGCAGCCUGCACGUGCACAGGCAUUCAACCCAGAUUUCCUAGUGCAGACUGCACAUGUACAGGCAUUCAACCCAGAUUUCCAAGUGCAGAUUGCACAUGCACAGGCAUUCAACCCAGAUUUCCUAGUGCAGACUGCACAUGCACAGGCAUUCAACCCAGAUUUCCUAGUGCAGACUGCACAUGCACAGGCAUUCAACCCAGAUUUCCUAGUGCAGACUGCACGUGCACAGGCAUUCAACCCAGAUUUCCUAGUGCAGACUGCACAUGUACAGGCAUUCAACCCAGAUUUCCAAGUGCAGACUGCACAUGCACAGGCAUUCAACCCAGAUUUCCUAGUGCAGACUGCACAUGCACAGGCAUUCAACCCAGAUUUCCUAGUGCAGACUGCACAUACACAGGCAUUCAACCCAGCUUUCCUAGUGCAGACUGCACAUGUACAGGCAUUCAACCCAGAUUUCCUAGUGGAGGGCUCAUAUAAAAGAGUAGUUUACUUUAGACAGAUCAAUGCCUCUGUUUGAAAUCUUAUGUUUUUGUAUUUAAUAUAUGUAAGAAUUAUGUACCUUAGUUUUUUCAUUUUGAAAAGCCAUUAAAAGACAUUUAUGUGUAUGCAAGAAUCAAAUUGGAUUCUCUGAAUCUACAAGCUUUCCACAAGCAAUAUUGGCUCUUGUUACUUUGUCACAGUGCAAAUAUAUUGUAUUUGCUCAUUCUUUUUGCCCCUUAUAUAUUUAUGUUGUCUGACAAGCUGAUGAGAAAAGGUCUGAAUUUACUUCAAAGGAAAUCAUUCUUUAAUAUCUUUUUGUAUUGUUUUAUGCCUCAGUUUUAUGUCUGCAUUACAUGAUUAUAUUUCCUUUUUUAAUAAAUUUGUGUGCAUCUUAGUUUAGCUAUUUUAAGGAAUGUACAUACAAGUAUAUGACAUUUGUUAUGAAAGCAAGUACUACCACAUUUUACUUAAUAAUGAUGUUUAUAAAAUGUGUUGCAUAUGCUCAAAAUACGUUCAUAUUGAUUGUAUUUCAUGUAAGCUGCAAUAUUUUCAGAUAUUGAGGACAUUGUUUUAUACUUUUUAGCUUUAAUGUUAUUGUUCUGUUUUUGUUACUGCUUUAUUAUGAUUCAAUCUUUUUUGUCAAGAACAAUAAUAAACAUGCACCUUGUAUUUAUAGGUCCCUGUGUGUUUAGUAUCUCAUAUUCUUUGUUAUAGAUGUAAAUAAAUAUUUUAGAACAUGCAAAAUGUAAUGUAUCAUAAAAAUUGUUUUAAAUGCAUACCAGUGUGCGAUAACAAGUAUGUAUCGAGGAUAGUGAAAGGAAAAGAAACUUGCUUUAAAGGGAUACACCUUGUUCCAAUCAAACAAUGAUGUAUGAUGUCAUCAACAAUCCUGUAUAUAAAUUAUAAAAAAUUG